AUGCUCAAGAAGAAAAAGGAGUUUUCCAACACAGAUGGAGAAGAAAAAAAUGCCAAGAAAAAGAAUAACUUAACUGUGAAAUCAGCAUCCUUGAAGAAAAAGGGUAACACCAGUACGGAAGCCACAGACGGGGAGGAGAAGGCGGCAAAAAGCGACCAUGUGAAGGGGAAGACACAGGGGGGAGGAGUUAAGCAGUGCACCUUCGUGGAGGGGAAGAAAAACGAGAAGGGAAAAGAGCAAAAAGUUACCUCAUCAGAUGUUGCCGCUUCAAAAGUUGGGGGAGAAAAAGGAGGGGACGAAAAGAUCAACAUAAAGGAGGCAAUUAUAAAAAACGUCAAGGUGCCAGACAACUACGAAAUCAAGCAUUUGAUAGGGAGAGGGUCAUACGGAUACGUCUACCUAGCAUACGACAGAAGCACGAAUAAAAAUGUCGCAAUAAAGAAGGUGAAUAGAAUGUUCGAAGACUUGAUUGAUUGUAAGAGAAUUUUGAGGGAAAUAACUAUUUUGAAUAGACUAAAAAGUAACUAUAUAAUUGGGUUGCACGAUUUAGUAAUCCCCGAAGAUUUGCUAAAGUUUGACGAGCUCUACAUCGUCCUGGAAAUAGCAGAUUCCGAUCUGAAAAAACUUUUUAAAACGCCAAUUUACCUGACCGAAGAACAUGUAAAGACAAUCCUUUAUAAUUUACUCCUAGGAGAAAAGUACAUCCAUGAGUCAGGUAUUAUACACAGAGAUUUAAAGCCAGCCAACUGUCUCCUCAACCAAGACUGCUCCGUUAAAAUUUGCGACUUUGGAUUAGCCAGGACCAUCAACUGUGAAAAGGAUAUUCAUAUUGUGCAGGAUUUAGAAGAGAAGGAGGAAAAUGAAGAACCAGGUCCACACAAUAAAAAUCUGAAAAAACAACUAACUAGUCAUGUGGUGACCAGAUGGUAUAGAGCACCAGAACUUAUUUUGCUACAAGAAAAUUAUACCAAUUCAAUUGACAUUUGGUCUACGGGUUGCAUAUUCGCUGAAUUAUUAAACAUGUUAGAGAGUCAUGUGAAUAACCCUACAAAUAGAUUCCCAUUAUUUCCUGGCUCCUCUUGUUUUCCUCUUUCUCCUGAUCAUAACUCCAAAAAGGUACAUGAAAAAAGCAACAGAGAUCAGCUUAACAUAAUUUUUAACGUUAUAGGAACCCCCUCGGAAGAUGAUCUUAAGAGCAUCAAGAAGGAUGAUGUCAUAAGGUAUAUUAAACUCUUUCCACCCAGGGAAGGUAUCGACUUUAGAAAAAAAUUCCCCUCCAUUUCGGAGGAUGGAAUUAACUUACUACAAUCUAUGCUUAAAUUUAACGCUAAAAAUAGGAUCACAAUAGACAACGCUCUCAGUCACCCCUAUCUGAAGGACGUUAGAAAAAUAAAUUUGGAGAAAUUCACUUCUAGUAAGAUUAUUCUACCAUUCGAUGAUUGGAUGAUGCUCUCUGAGACCCAACUCCGGUACAUUUUUUUGAAGGAAAUCCAGUCCUUUCAUCCAGAGUUGGUAAUCCCACCUAAGUUGUCCGUUCAUGAGGGCACCUUCUACAACGAAGUUUAA